AUGUCGCCUCCUUGUGAAUAUGAGCCAACACCAUUUGGACAUGAGAUGCGCCGGCAUUUUUCCUUUAAGCCCGGCUAUCGAAACCUGAAUCAUGGAUCAUUUGGAGCGUCACCUGUCGCUAUUCGCAACAAAGCAAAUGAGUUACGCGAUGAAUGUGAGGCAACUCCGUGUCCCUUCAUCAAAUAUCGUUUUCCCGAACUGUUGGACGAGUCACGGGCUGCCAUGAGUGACUUCCUUGGUGUACCGGAGUCAACCAUUGUCUUUGUCCAGAAUGCAACCACUGGCGUCAAUACAGUUAUGCGAAAUAUGGUAUGGAGUAGUGACGGAAAAGAUGAGAUUCUUCAGUUGGAUGUCAUAUAUGGAGCAUGUGGCAAGACAACGAGUUAUGUUUGUGAAGCCAGUGGAGAUAGGGUUCGCACUAGAGAGAUUGGUUUCAUACAUCCAGUUAGCGACUCUGAGAUGGUUGCUGCAUUUCGAAAGGCGAUCGAGACGUCACGCACAGAAGGUUACCGCCCGCGCAUUGCUAUAUUUGACACAAUUUCGUCCAACCCAGGUCUACGGCUUCCAUUCGAGGAACUCACAGCUCUCUGCCGCUCAGAAGGUGUACUGAGUUUGAUUGAUGCCGCCCAUGGAAUCGGGCAAAUCGAUCUCAAUCUAUCCUCACUGGACCCGGACUUUUUGGUAAGCAACUGCCAUAAAUGGUUGUUUACUCCUCGCUCAUGUGCUGUAUUUUACGUCCCGGAGCGCAAUCAAGCCAUGAUGCGAAGCACUAUACCAACAAGCCAUGGGUUCGUUCCCCGGUCCACUGGGAAAGAAUCGUGUGUCAGUCCAGUGCAAAAAAAGACAGACUUCGUGUUCAAUUUCGAGUAUGUUGGAACAGCCGACAACCUUUCGUUCUUAACAGUGCCCGAAGCCAUCCGGUGGAGACAGAGGGUAUGUGGCGGCGAGACCAAGAUUCGGGAUUACUGCAUUCAACUUUCCCGUCAAGGUGGACAGAGGGUUGCAGACAUUCUAGGGACCGUGAUCCUGGACAAUGCUACCCAUACUUCAACAGACUGCUGCAUGGUUAACAUCCUUCUUCCUAUCGGGAAACCCACCUCGGGAGAUGGUAGUCUGGUCAAACAGAAAGGCAAGCCCGAUACUACGGUGACUGAAUGGAUGCAGCAGACUUUGAUCAAGUCAUGCAACACCUACAUGCCAGUCUUCCCUUUUCAGGGUUCCUGGUGGGUUCGACUGAGUGGACAGGUCUAUCUUGAGAUCAGCGACUUCGAUUGGGCUGGCUGGACGCUGAAAGACCUCUGUAAGCAGUUACAAGAGGAAGAAUCUGAUCAUCGUAUGUAA